AUGGAAAAUCAAUCAGAAUAGUAACUCUCAAUCAGCGACUAUCUUUUUAAGAUCCUCUUAAUUGGAGACUCUGAAGUUGGAAAAUCUGCUCUUUUGCUUCGUCUUUGUGAUGAUGUUUAUAGCGAAAACUACACAGCUACCAUCGGGGUAGAUUUCGUAAGAAUCAUCUAGAAAAUACGCACAAUUCAAGAUUCAGGAAAAACUGUAAAGCUCCAGCUAUGAGACACAGCAGGCCAAGAGCGAUUUAUUUCUAUAACUUCCAACUAUUAUCGUGGCCCUCAUGGAAUCGUAAUUAUUUAUGACAUCACAAACCGUGAGUCUUUUAAUCAUGUCAAUAAUUGGCUACAACAAAUCGAAUUAUACUCAGAACCUAAUGUAAAAAAAUUUUUAAUUGGAAAUAAAUCAGAUUUAGAAGAAAGAAGAGUUGUGACAUAUGAGGAAGGGAAAAAUUUCGCAAAAAGCAAAGGUAUGAAUUUUAUUGAAGUGUCUGCCAGGACUUCGAAUAAUGUAGAAGACGCUUUUAUAUUUUUUUCUAGAGAAAUAAAAGAAGAAAUAGCUGCGAAAAUGAUUAUAGGAGCGAACUCAAAAGCAAAUAAGCUUGGGUAUGGAGAAGCAAUAGUAACUGAAAGUAAAUCUAAAUGCUGUUCAUAG